UGAUCAUGAGCCUAUAUCAAGCCCAUUAUGGGCUCGGUGCUUGACUCAAACUCUAGUGUUGUGCGCAAGCGAAUCGCAACCCAUACCUUUGAGAAUGAGGAGGGCGAAGAAUACGGGGCCUCAGCUUUCGGCAACCAUGGUGAUUAUAUGCGCCGAAAAAAGAUCAAGUUACAGAAUCUAGAUGCUGAGAUACGGUCCUUGACCGCCGAUUGUCCCCCAAUCUUCCGAGGUGUGGUGGCGCACGUCAAUGGUUACACCCAACCAUCCUUACAGGAUCUUCAUCACCUGAUUGUAAGUCAUGGCGGCGGUUUCCUUCAGUAUCUGGAUGGCAAGACGGCUGCUACACAUAUCAUCGCAAGCUCCCUGACACCGAAGAAGCGGGAGGAAUUUCGCAAGUAUCGAAUUGUAAAACCGGCAUGGGUGGUUGAGAGUAUCAAAGCUGGGCGAUUACUCCGAUGGGAUUCUUUCAGGGUGGUGGAUGAGGGUCAGUCUCAAAAAAUUCUCAAGUUCGACCAUGGUCGCAUCCUCAGCCCAUCAAAUGCUCCGCUGUCGAGCUACAAAAAUCAGUCACAGACCAGCCCGUACACCCCUCAGGCAAAAAGAGUGGAUACAGUGGAUAAGGAUGAUGGGCAGCGAUUAUCACCCAUUGCUGGGCCACAUAAUCAGGCUGACCUGCCGCUCAAAUCUGGAUCUCAGUCAGAUUACGGCGAUUUCCCGAGUUUUAGCUCCAUGGAAGAAACAGGCAAAGCUCCCCUUCUCCAGGAGUCUCACGAAGGCCAAGCGCAAGGGCCGGAACCAAGUAUAAGCGAUACGUCCUGUAAUCCCACUCGUAACAUGUCACCAACCCCUAGAGCAAUCGUAAGACAUGCCUCCUCCCCUCCUGCCAAGCCGGAGAUGACGUCCGAGGAAUACAAUGCUCAAUUGUUAUCGGACCCCCGCAUGAGGAGCUCCAGUGUGGUCAAUCCAGAUUUUCUGCAACAGUUUUACAGGGAAUCUCGUUUGCAUCAUUUGUCCACGUGGAAAGCCGAGCUGAAGGCCCAGCUCCAGGCAGCAACGAAGGAAAAAUCACAGUCUCAGAUGGGAAGAAAGAAACGGGCUCCUGGCGCACGACGAUACAUCAUGCAUGUGGAUUUCGACUGCUUCUUUGCGGCUGUGUCCACUUUGAAACAUCCGGAACACGAGGGAAAGCCAGUGGCUGUUGCGCAUGGCACGGGCUCUGGCUCGGAAAUUGCAAGUUGUAACUAUGCGGCUCGUGCACGUGGCGUGAAGAAUGGAAUGUGGAUGAAGGGAGCCCUGCAGACAUGUCCUGAAUUAAAGGUGUUACCCUAUGAUUUCCCCGCAUACGAAGAUGCAAGUCAAAAGUUUUACAGCGCUAUCCUUUCUCUAGAUGGAACUGUGCAAAGUGUGAGUAUCGACGAGGCCCUCGUUGAUAUCACCAUGCUGUGUUUGGAGGCCGGUGGCUCGGAUGGGAGGGGCGUGUCAGAGGGUUCGAUUUAUCGGGAACAAGCCAAAGCAGAUGAGAUUGCCCAAAGCUUGCGAGAUUCUGUGAAGAGCGAAACCGGCUGCGCUGUGUCGGUUGGAAUCGGUGGCAACAUUUUACAGGCGAAGGUUGCUCUGCGCAAAGCGAAACCGGCUGGUCAGUUCCAACUAAAACCUGACGCUGUUCUAGAUUUCAUUGGGAGCUUGGCUGUCCAGGAUCUGCCAGGUGUUGGAUACAGUCUGGGAUCCAAACUUGAGGGACUCGGCGUCAAGCUUGUGAAGGAUGUAUGGGAACUUUCGCGGGAAAGACUUACUUCUACCCUUGGGCCGAAACUUGGGGUGAAGAUCUGGGAUUAUGCUCGUGGGAUCGAUCGCACAGAAGUUGGAACAGAGAUUUUGAGGAAAUCCGUCUCUGCCGAAGUGAACUGGGGUAUUCGUUUCGUUAACCAGGGUCAGGCCGAAGAAUUUGUUCAGUCCCUAUGCGAAGAAUUACACCGGAGGCUCGUUGAGAAUCUAGUCAGAGGUAAGCAAUUGACUCUAAAAGUCAUGCGGCGGUCAGCGGAUGCACCCCUAGAACCAGUCAAGCAUCUAGGCCAUGGGAAGUGCGAUGUAUUCAACAAGAGCGUAAUACUCGGAGUAGCUACCAAUGCAGCAGAAACGCUGGGGAAAGAGGCUGUUUCCAUGCUGAGAAGCUUUGCGAUCUCGCCUGGUGAUCUUAGAGGUCUCGGAGUACAAAUGACCAGACUAGAACCUCUCAAGUCUGGAGCCACUGGAGAUCUCGGGAACAGCCAACAACAGCUCAAAUUCAAGGCAUCUCCGACUCGCAAGGGCGUACAAAAAAGCCAUGACCCCGAUGAUCUCGAUAGUCCCCGUAAAGGAGAGGCCGAAUCCGUUGUUGAAGCGCCGUCACUCAAUGACAGCAAUUACAAACCACUAAAUAUAUUGGGGACUCAAUUUCUCAUGCCAUCGCAGCCUGACCCGAAAGUCGUCGCUGAACUUCCAAAUGAUAUUCGAUCUAAGCUUAUAUCGCAAGCGAAACCUCGCAACGACUCGCGGUCUGCGUCUCCUUGCCCUCCAAUUCGAGGAGCGCAACCGUCUGAUGGCACGGAGCUACCUCCGCAGUCACAAUUAGAUCCAGAAGCUCUAGCUGCUUUACCAGCUGAUGUAAGGGCCGAAGUCCUUGGUUAUUAUGGCCAAUCGUCAAGGACUACUGGCCCACAGCCUGUAGCAUCCACUACCUCGACUUCUCGUCCUUCUUCUUCUUCUGGCACUUUGAAACUGAAGAAGCCAACCACGCCGACGAAGAGAAAACGGGGUCGCCCAAGCACUAAAGCUGUCGGCAACAUGCGACUCACUCAGUCGAAUUUCCUCACUACGAGACCUGUAACUCCAACAGCUAGCCAUGAUGAGGUCCUGCCUACGAGGCAAGCAUCCCCCUCGGUCGAACAGGAUGGAGUGUCCGAAGAGUUCCUUGCAGCACUGCCAGAAGACAUCCGUCGCGAAGUGCUUGAAGAGCAAAAAAGAUCCCGCAUGUUACAACGUCCAGGUCGCGGUUCUGGAACAGCCCAGAGAGCAGCACAAAACAGGCCAUCAGCCUCUGCAUCUUCGGUACAACAAAAGCAUAUCUGUCUACCACCCUUACCAGAAAGACCCACAUUCACUUCCAAGAAAUUGUCCAGCUUGCCUGAUCUACGAGAUGCCGUUGGUGCCUGGCACGCGGCCUUCGUCGAGGAUGGUCCUUUCGACGAGGAUGUAGAAUCCCUCGUUCGGUACGUGAAGCGUGUCGUCGUCGAAGAAAAAGACGUCGACAAAGCUGUGUCGGUCGUCCGCUGGUUGAUGUGGCUAGUCGAAGAUGCCAAAGAUGAGAUUGACGAGCCAACGAGCGGACAAGGACCCAUCGCAGGCUCGGCCAGUAGCUCCCAGAAUACAGUUACAUGGGAUGAUGCUCUGAAAGCUCUCCAGGAGAGCAUCUUUACGGGGUUGGAGGAAAGAGGAUUGCCUCCUGUGGAUUUUUCUUAACCCACUUACGUAUAUGUCUCUCUGACUUGUAUCCGUUUAUAUUAUGACGACCGUUACGUCGAUAUCCUUAUGAUGACAUUGAACUUUUAUCCCCA